AUGGUCAACCCAAUCGAAAUACCGCUAAAGGACUCAGACGAGGUUAUUGAAAUACAAGUCGAUAAAUUGCCAGAGUACAAUGAAGUACUUAGUAUUUUAAAGUCUGAAAAUUCAAAUCUACAUAUAUGGGUCAAUUUAGCUUUGGAGUAUUACAAAAGAGGCAAUUCAGAUGCUUUGGUUACAUUGUUGGAUUCAUCGCUUAGAAAUGCCAAUUUUGAAUAUAAGGAUAGCGAUAAAGAUCAAAUGAGAGCUCUAGACAUGUUAGGAGCACACUAUGUACAAAUAGCUAAUCGAGAAAGAAAUAAAGAUAAACGCUGUGCACUUUUUACCAUGGCCACAAAAUUUUAUACAACAGCAGAUAAAAUUAUUAUGUACGAUACGGAUCAUUUGUUGGGUCGUGCUUUUUUUUGCUUAUUAGAAGGUAAUAAAAUUGAACAAGCAGAUGCUCAGUUCAAAUUUGUAUUGAAUCAAUCACCUAAUAAUAUACUAGCUCAAUUAGGCAAAGCUUUUAUUGCAUUCAACAAAAAGGACUACAAAAGAGCUCUAUUCUAUUAUAAAAAAGUAUUGUGCUCUAACCCUCAAUGUCCUGUUGACGUUCGAGUGGGUAUGGCACAUUGUUUUUUGAAACUAGGAAACACAGAAAAAGCACAGUUAGCAUUUGAACGUGCCAUGCAGUUAGACUCCAAGUGUGUUAGUGCAUUAGUGGGUCUUGCCAUCAUGAAGUUGAAUGGUGAAAAUCCUGGUGACAUUAAAUUAGGUGUAAAUCUGCUGUCCAAAGCAUAUAAUAUUGAUUCAUUCAACCCAAUGGUGUUAAAUCAUUUGUCUAACCACUUUUUCUUUAAAAAAGAUUAUAAAAAGUGUGAAUUUUUCGCUAGAACUGCCUUAGAAAACACAGAGAAUGAAGUUAUGAGAGCUGAAAGUUGUUAUCAAAUAGCUAGAAAUUUUCAUGCGCAGAAUAAUUAUGACCAAGCAUUUCAAUAUUAUUAUCAAGCAGUCCAGUUUACACCGGUUACAUUUGUACUCCCUCUUUAUGGCCUUGGUCAAAUGUAUAUUCAUGUAGGCGAUAAGGAAAAUGCGGCUCAGUGCUUUGAAAAAGUGCUUAAAGCUCAUCCAGAAAAUUAUGAAUCACUGAAAAGUCUUGCUUCAUUGUAUGCUGAUUCAAAAAAUCAACAGAAACAAGAUAUUGCAAAAAGUCAUUUAAAAAAAGUAACAGAACUUGUCCCAGAUGAUGUAGAAGCUUGGAUAGAAUUAGCUCAAAUAUUACAGCAAUCAGAUUUACAAGCAUCAUUAUCUGCAUAUGGUAAAGCUAUGAUUUUAAUGCGCAACAGUGUUAAUAAUUACAUUCCGCCUGAAAUACUGAACAAUGUGGCUGCAUUAAAUUAUGGACUUAAAAAUAUGGAUGAAGCUCGUUCUAAUCUUGAAGAAUCUUUGAGUGUGUCAAAGAAAAUGGCUGAAGCUGAUCCACAGUAUUAUAACUCUAUUACUGUUACAACUACUUACAAUUUGGCAAGGAUUUUUGAAGUGCAAUACCAGUUUCAGAAGGCAGAACAAUUUUACAAAGACAUUCUCAAGGAGCAUCCUAAUUAUAUUGAUUGUUAUUUACGUUUGGGUUGUAUAGCUAGAGAUCGUAACCAAAUUUAUGAAGCUUCUGAUUGGUUUAAAGAAGCAUUGCGUGUAGACAAUGAUCAUGCUGAUGCCUGGUUACUACUUGGAAACUUGCAUUUAACCAAAAAAGAAUGGGGUCCUGGGCAAAAAAAAUUUGAACGUGUGCUGAAGAACCCAUCAACAUUAAAUGAUUCAUAUUCGUUAAUUGCUCUGGGAAAUAUUUGGUUGCAAACUCUACACCAACCAUCUAGAAAUAAGAACCAGGAAAAACGACAUCAAGAUUUGGCAUUACAUUUUUUUACUAAAGUAUUAAAAAAUGAUCCAAGCAACAUUUGGGCAGCUAAUGGAAUUGGUUGUGUGAUGGCACAUAGAAAUUAUAUAAAUGAGGCAAGAGAUAUAUUUGAUCAAGUAAGAGAGGCUACUACUGAUUUUUGUGACGUCUGGUUAAAUAUUGCACAUAUACACAUGGAACAAAAAAUGUAUAUUAGUGCUAUUCAAAUAUAUAAAAAUUGUAUAAAGAAGUUUUUUAAACAUGAUAAUGUUGAAGUACUUCAAUAUCUUGGGCAAGCAUACUUUAGAGCAGGAAAGUUUAAAGAAGCAAAAGCAGUGUUUUCAAAAGCUCAAAGGGUUGCUCCUCACGAUGCAGUUAUAAUGUACAAUAUUGCUUUUGUCCUACAAAAACUAGCAAAUCAAAUACUCAAAGAUGAAAAAUCAAUAUUGAAAGAUAUACUGAAAGCUGUACAUGAACUUGGAUUAUCACAUAAAUAUUUCCAAUAUUUAUCUGUUCGUGGUGGUCAUAAACAAUAUGAUGUUGGUUUGGCUGUUAUUGAAGCUAAACAGUGUCAAGAUUUACUGUCUCAAUCCCAAUACCAUGUAGCACGAGCACGUAAGAUGGAUAAUGAUAUGCGUGAAAUGCGGCGUAAACAGGAAGAGGAACGAGAAUCAUUGCGUGUCCAACAGAUUGAAGAGCAGACUAAAGAAUUACAAAAACAAGAAGAACAAAGAAAAGAAAUGUUGUUAAAACGCCAAGAAUAUAGAGAAAAAACAAAGAAUGCAAUAGUAUUCAGUGGUGUUACUGGCGGUGAUAAAGAAAAGAAAAAAUUUGGAGGAUCUAAACAGAGGAGAGAUAGUGUUGCAUCAAAAGGAUCUGGUGCAACCGAUAAAAUUUCAUCAAAGAAAGGACGUUCAGUAAGUUUUUUAUUUAAUUUUUCUACAAGUAAUAAAAAGGGACCCAUGUUAUCAUCCAAACAGAAACUUAGAGUUGUUUCCAGAGCAACUAUAUCUACUAGUGAGGAUGAUAGUAGCGGCGGUGAAUCUCGUUCACGUUCCGGUAGCCGUAAAACCAGAAGUCCAUCAAGAUCUCGGUCUGGUUCAUGUAGGUAUAGAUCAAAGCCUAAAAGUGUUUCACGCAGUCGUUCAAGAUCUAGAUCACAUUCUGGUAGUAAAUCUCGAUCUCAAAUCCAUUCACAUUCUGGCAAUCGAUCUCAUUCAGAAAGUUAUUUGCCUUCACAACGUCAUUCAAGAUCUAAUAGCCGAUCUAGGUCUCGCUCAGCAUCUGGUACCAAAAGGCGCUCACAAUCACGUAGUAAAUCUAAGUCAGCAUCAAGAUUAACAGCCCGAACAAAAUCUGAUAGUCGUUAA